UCCAGAAAAAGAACAGAGCUAUUAGCACAGCAGAGAGCAGAGUGAAGCACCAAGUGUGCACCUCUGCAUGGCCAGCCAAACGUGGCUACCAUAGCUACCAACACAUGCAUCUUCUCUCCCUAUUAAACGGAACCUUUCAUUACGCUACCUCCUUCUCCGUGUGAAGUUCCCACCUCCAACAACACCAUGAAGCAUCUCUCCGCCGUUGCCACAGACGUCAUCCAGAGUUGUGCCCGGAAGUUAGAUACUAGUGUGGAAAAAUUGGUGGAGGAGUUUGAAGGGAAGUGGAAGCUUGAGGCUGAGAUCAGUGGGUAUUCGAGGAAAUUCGUGGAAUUUUGUGCCUCAAAGACACUUCCCGAAGAGUGUAAAAAUGUAGAGGAGAAGAUCAGUGAUGGGUCAUUUAGUCGUUUCACGUUCGAUACGAUGCUUGCAUGGGAGAUUCCUAGCUCAGAGAAUGAAGAGUCUCGUAUGGAGUGUGAGGGGAAGACGAGAGAAGACGGGAAGAUGAUCCCAAAAGUGGCUCAAGAAGAAGACGAUAUCCCUCUUUUCUAUUCAGAUGUUAUGCCGCUUCUUAUUAAUGAUGAGCCAAGUGUUGGAGAAGAUGCAUUUGUAUGGUUGGCAGCAUUGGUUCCAUUUGCUGCAGAUGUUGUUAAUGGAAGAUUUACAUUUGAAACUCUUACAGCACCUACAGGCAACCGUCUUUUCUUCCCUGCCUAUGACAAAUUCUUGAAAGAAAUUUCCAAGUGCAUAAAGCAUUUGCAAAAGCAAACAAAGCCAAAGGGCGUGGAGCUUGCAGAUGAUGAAUAUAUUUUACAUGUUGAGGGCACUGCAAGCUCACAGAGAGUAGUUCGCCAUACUGGAGGAACAAGUUGGCCUGGUAGGCUUACACUAACCAAUUAUGCUCUAUACUUCGAGGCUUCGGGAGCAAUAACAUAUGAUGAUGCACUUAAAAUUGAUCUUUCAAAAGAUAUUGAACACACUGUGAAGCCAACUGCUACAGGGCCAUGGGGUGCUCCACUUUUUGAUAAAGCCAUAAUCUACGAAUCUCCUGAACUAUCAGAAGGAAUUGUGUUGGAAUUUCCAGAGAUGACUAGCUCCACUAGACGUGAUCAUUGGCUUGCACUUGCCAAGGAAGUUAUGCUAAUGCACCAAUUCUUAUCCAAGUAUAAGGUGAAAUGUCCAAUACAAUCAUGGGAAAUGCAUGCCAGAACAAUAUUGGGUAUCAUAAGGCUCCAUGCUGCAAGAGAAAUGCUUAGAAUAUCACCCCCAGCGCCUACAAAAUUCUUGAUCUUUGCUUUGUUUGACGAAUUGCCUAAGGGAGACUAUGUACUAGAAGAGCUGGCGGAGAGCCUGAAGAAGGUUAAUAGUGGACAUCCAUGCAGCGCUAGCUCAGUUUUAAGGAGCUUGAACAUGUUUGUGCAGCCAUUAGUCUCAAGCAUAGAAGUUACACAAACAGACAAGGAAUGCAAAAGUGAUCAAGACAAUAUUCAUUCGUUGGAGAGUGCCAUUAAUCAAGCUAGAGAGGAAGCAAAGGAUGUUGAAAUUGCCAAAGCUACUGCUGAGGAGUUGAAAGAGGAAGGGAUCAGUGAAAGUGUCACUGUGCUUAUUGAAUUGCUACGGCCAUUGAAAACUGUAGUACCAUGGUUUCAAGAAGUCAUUUCAUGGGAAAGACCACAUACCACCAUCAGAAUGAUAGUUGCCACUUUGAUAAUAGUCUACAAGGAAUGGUUUGGAAAGGCUAUAGCUGCUUUCCUAUUAUGGAUAGUGUCAAAGAUGCUUCAAGCAAGACUCGGAAGGGUUCAUGACAAAUACAACGAGAUAGUAGUGCACACUGGCUCAGACCAGAAAACUACAGUGGAAAGCAUAGUGGCAGCUCAAUUCGGAUUGCGAACAGCUUAUGAGUUGAUGCAGGCCUCCAAUAUAGCAAUACUAAAAAUCUGGUCCAUAAUGUGCUCAAAGGCGCGUAAGCAUGCAGACAUGACAAUGGUGGCGAUGUCUGUAUCGGCCAUCAUCUUUGCUCUGAUACCAUUAAAGUACAUUAUUAUGGCAAUCACGCUAUACUAUUUCCUUAUGACAUCAAAACUAGGGAAGUACAUUGGAAAUGAACAAGGAAACAGAAGGUUAAAAGAAUGGUGGGAUUCAAUCCCAGUCAUCCCUGUGCAUAUUGAAGACAAGGCUCCCCAGCGCCUUACAUAGGUUGUAAGUAAUAGCAGUGUUCAUUUUUAUAUACAUAACACAAUAUUUUGUAUUAUGUGUCUGUUUGCUGCUGCUUGGAAGCUUAGAGAAAAGAAACGAGUUUGUU